AUGUCGCGGCAAAAGUUAGCUAAAGAAACCGAUAAUGAUUCAGUUUUAUUUAUUUUUUUAGAUCAAAAUAUAUUAUCUGGUCAUAAAAAGUGGAGGCAUGUGUUGGUCUGCAUCUGUGAUAAGCAAGACAUAUUUGUAGUGAAACGGGAAAAUUUGAUAAAAAUGGGGUUUCAUCUAGAUGCGGUUUUUUUAAUGAUUACCAACGCAGUAUUAAGUUGCCUAGCAGGUGAUUUAGUAAUAUCUCCCAAGGACGAUCCAUGUAGGUCGUUCUCCUCGUGUGCCACAUGUAUUUCCCAGAGCGCAUGCACAUGGUGUGUCACCAAAAGUUUAUGUACGAAACAACUUUGCGGUAACGACAAUGUUAUUUAUCCUGAAGGAAAUAGUAAUGUCCUUCUGUUUGGACCGGACUUUUGUCCUCGUAUCGCAGAAACAAAGGAUCUCAUAUUUGAAAGUGGCAAACGAAAAAUUGUUGAUAUUAAGAUCACACAAAUAUACCUAUAUAUGGCAUUUCUGCCUUGGAAAUGUAAAAUUAAUUUGAAUGGUGAAGAAACUAUUGUUACUGCUAUGUUAAUAGGAGACUCUGUGUAUUGCGAGUCGUUUGAAAUGAACAAUAAGUCCGAAAAUCCGUACGUCGAAGGUACAAUAAAAGUGCUAUGGGAUUACAAUAAGGCUUUUGAUGGAUCGUUCCCUUUCAAAGUAUGUCGAUGUGAUUUGGAGCCAAAUUGUGUCGCUUGCAACAAAAUAGAUAAAAAA